UCAGUCUUAAUGUGUAUUGCAUUUCAACCAAUUAUAGCCUCCAGUUGCCACAAAAUGACUUCUGAUUCCUUGAGUUCAACUUUGCUGCUCUCUGCACUCCUCUUGACGACAAAACUGUUAACGCAUGCAACCCCGAUGGUUAGCCACAACGAUACUGGAAGCUUCCUGAACGACGUGCUGCGACAAGUUUCUCAAGUUCAACUUGAAGUGAAUAUUCUCAAGGGAACAAGAGCGUCAAUAAAACCCAAGGACUGUGCUGACGUAUACAAGUCUGGAGGAAGAAUCAGCGGUGUUUACACAAUCGACCCUCUUGAUGGUUUAGGCGCCUUCGAUGUAUUUUGCGACCAGAGCACAGCUGGUGGAGGAUGGACAGUGUUUCAGAAGAGAAUGAAUGGCUACAUGGAUUUCAAUCGCACCUGGGAAGAGUACAAACAUGGUUUUGGAAAUUUCAUCACUCAAGAAUUUUGGCUCGGACUUGACAAGAUCCACCGCUUAACAAGAAAGGAGAUAGGAAACAGACUUAGGAUAGAACUUGGAGUGACUAAUGACAAGCCCAUUUACACUGAGUAUGCAUGGUUUCGAACUGGAAACGAGAGUACUAUGUACCAGCUGAACCUCAGCAAUCUUUCAAAUGCGACUGUCAGUUUUGAUUCGCUUCGUUUCUAUAGGAAUUUCUCUUUUGGCACUUGGGAUAGAGACCCUGCUGACGGCAAGUGCAAGACACGCGGAGGAGGCUGGUGGUACGGUGAUAGAUGUGUGGUAAAGUCAAACCUUAACGGUUUUUACCCAAGUCGUGGAAAGGAAACUCACUUGAGCCUCAUCUACUGGGCAUUUUUAGGAAGCACUGCUAAAGCCAGUGUCCCUGCAAACUCUGAAAUGAAAAUCAGACCGGUGAAAUUUAAAUAG